GGUAGAGAUAAUCUACAGCCAGGUCCCUACUCGAGUCAGGAGUCAACAGCCGGCAAUCCUGCCGGUGCAGCCGGUAGACACAGCACUACUAUCGUGACUCUCGGUCCCUGCGUCCUUGGUCUCGCUCGUGGCGGCAUAUUCGAUGAUCUGUUUGCACAGAUCCAUCGAACCGUCGCGAAGGAUGACCACGUCAAACGCAUCGAGAUAACUCUCUGCACACACAAUGAGAGCGUGAACAGCUAUGUCAUGAGUUGCUGAGUCGGUGGCGAUAGCCCUCCCAGCCUACCAAGCAGCUCGUCUUCUUUCUCUUGGUAGUUCAGGUACCCAAUCGCGAUCGAGUUCUUGCACGAUGGAACGGCCUCAAGAAACUGAAUGUGUGGCACACAGAGAGGACACAUGUGCCAUUGGUCUGAGGGUGGUGGUGUAUGGCACAUGUGCCUUACCGACACAUCAGUGAUGAGGUCCCCCAUGGCAAGCACGUUGUGCCGCGCAUGGCGCUGCGGAUUCCGUUCCAAAUACUGCCUGUGAGAGAAGGACGAAAGGCGUCAAGAGAGAGACGUGCACGACGACAAAUUCAAGGGUUGCAUCAGCCUUCCCUCCGUCACCUGAGGUAUUUCUUCUUGGACAGCGUGUGAAUGAAGUCGCUCGAGAAGUCGACCAACCGGCCCUCUUCGUUGAAGAGCAUCUUGUUGGACACGACGUGCACCUCCUCUGCGUCAAGGUCCAUGUUGUCCUCGCCAAUCGUGUCAUGAUGCGCCGUAGGAACCAAGCCAGCGAUGCUCUCGCGGCGCAAGAGCUCCUCGAUGAUGUCUGGAACAGAAGAGAGGACGGGACGAUGUCUACGCUGCAGUGCUCCUGCAGGAGUGCGUUAUCUGUUGCUCGCUCACUUUGAAUGCCUGCCGAGAGCACAGUGACUGGUAUGCGAAGGUUGGUGCACACCUGCAUACACAUGAAGGCAAACAGGCGUGCCAUGAAGCCUCUCCCUUUUCCUCUCGUUGUGUUUUUGUCUGGCGGGCGUACCUCGAGGAAUGCGUGUGAUCCUUCCCGCAGACUGAAUCUCUUGUUCCUGACAGCCUCAUCCACGAUGUGCUCCACUGUGUCCCGGUGGAUGUCCUGCGCAACCAUCAAGUUGUGGCUCGUCGUCCACCUGACACACACAAUGACACACACAAAACCAGACACGCAACGAGAAUGAAAAUGGAUUGGCUUUCCGUCCCCUGUCAGCCUGUGGCACCAUUCGUUCAUGUAUUUUAGUUUUGUGUCGAAGGGGAGGUUGGGGUCCAUCUCCAGAGGCUGAUACUUUGCCAGCGUCGCAUUGGCUUUCUGGAUGGAGCACACACCGACAAACCAACCAGACAAGUGAACGACUGUGCCCAUUCGUCCGUUAACUGCAUGUGUGAGCUCACGUCUUUGUACUCUUGUGGGAAGCCCGAGAAAUUCUCCACAACACUGUGACACGAGCUGGCCCUCUGGCCGUCAAUGAAGACCUGUGUGAGGGUGGCGUCAAAGUCUGCACACAGGAAGCGAGAAACUGCAUUUCGCGGCGGGCUUCUCGUCGUUUUUCUCACCAGUGAUGACUUGCAAGGCGUCUGUGCCAUCUCGCCUGAACCGCUUGAGCUUCUCCAACAGCUGCUCUGCGUUCUUCACACGAAUGUUCGGCGUAAGUCGGAGAGGCAGCGCGCCGUUGGUCAGUGUCCCUGCCAUCGCGACAGGCAUUCGAACAAGAACAGGGAGGUGAAUGUUCCCGGGAGGGUAACGGGAGGGAAGG